AUGGCCCGGGUGGCCCGGGUACCGAGCCCCACCCCGCGCUCGACUCGGAUCCGACCCGACACCUGCCGCCGUUCUCCCCGUGCCCGGUUUUCUCUCCCCCACGUCCGAGCGGUCCCCCCCGCCCCCUCUCCACCAGCUCGUCCUCGUCCGAGCGGUUCUUUCCCCCGCCACCUCCAGCAGCGCGCAGAUGCGGCGGCGUGGCCCCGCGAUUCCCCUGCGCCGCCGGCCCCCUUGUUUCCCUCCGCCCUGCGUCGCCGGCCGCGCGAUUUCUUGGCGCCCGUGUCGUCCGGCGAGCUUGCAGCGACUGCUCCCGCCGGCCCGCGCGAGCCCCUGCCCGGCGAGCUGCAGCGUCUGCUCCCGACGCCGUUCGUCCCGUUGCUGAUCCGGGGACUGGCGCCGCCCACCGCCCGCUGCUGGCCAGCCCCUGCGUGUUCCCGCAUUCAAGGCGACGAUCUCCCGUUCCCAACGCCGGUCCGAUCCAUCCUCACGUCUCCGGCGAUCCUCCUCCGGCCUGGCUUUCUAUCAGACUGUGGAGCAGCUCAACGGAGCGAUCCAGGUUUUUGGAUGAAUGCUGCUGAUUCCCUGCAAGGCACAAGGAUUAUAUUGGUUCUCAACGGAGCCGGGGAGCAUCUUCUAAUGUGCCUCCUGUCCAGGCAGGUGUAUGUAUUCUUUGUUUUUGCGGUUUUCUUAAGAACUUAGAGAAUUAUGCUCCAGUUUAAUAGGGUUUAUAUGUGCAAAUUCAUGUCACCUGGAUUGCUUUUAUACGUGAAAAUGAAUACACAUUGAGACAUAUGUAUUCAAGAUUCAAGAUACAUCAUCAUUUUCUGUGAUUUCCAAUCAGUAGUGCUGCCAUAGGCAGAUCAAAGCUUUAUUUAAAUUAUAUAUAUCCUUCCACUGUAUGAUACAUGCAUGUUGCUUCUUUCCUGAAGCCAUGCAAUUAAUUAUUUUAUGAUUAUCUCAUGAAACAUACCAUUCAUUUCCUGAAGUAGCUUUUGUAUAUAAGUUGGUGAUUAUUUUCUUUUUUACAAAGGACAUGCAGUUUUAAGCUCUUUCGUAUAUAUUUUGGUGAUUUUUCCUAAACUUUGCACUGCUUAUUUUUCUAGCAAAGCCUAAUACAGAGGUGAGCUUAAUUGCCUAGUAAAGCCAGCCUGUGUUUAUCGACACAAAUGCUACUGAUUUCCCAGAGAUAUACGGCAUUGCCAGUAUAUUAUCAGCUUGUCUUUAUCAAUGCUGCAUAUCAUUGCCAUCACUGUUGUUUCUUGAAUGUUGAAAAUACUCAUUGGUGCAGCAUAGAUAAUUCUUUUUUGUUGUCUCUGGAGGGAUACGGAUGACCGGAUCGAUCCUGCUGCGACAACCAUUUUGACCCUGCUGGAGGCGACAGCUAGACGGCAAACAACGUCUCGUGAAUCCAACCUCUGCUGGUGCUAACCUGACCUCUGCCUGUGGAACACCCUCUAUACAGGUCUUGAGCUCCAGCACCAUCUUCUUGCGAAACUUCCAUGACCAUAGGUUAGGUUCCUGCCUGCAGCCCUGCACCUUUGAAUAUCAUCAGUCUAUUCUUCAGCUCCAACAUUUUCUUAUGGCUUUUCCAUGAGAUGGGUCCUGCAAACUGCUUUAUCCCUUGGUAUUAUUAUACCAGGGUCUUUGGAAGGUAAGCUAUUUACAUUUACAUAUGUUGUUAUUUGCUGCUAGCAAAUUAUGUACCACAAAUCCACAAUCUCUGUUUGCUCCCAUGCGCCCCUAGUUUUGCUCUUAUGCAAUGUGUAUAGGCUGUCUUUAACCUGCAUAUACUAAUAAUUCUUAGCUCUUAUGCAGAUUGCAAUAUGCAUGCUGGAUACCUGCACAUGAGAUGGUUGAUUGGCUAGAUAGUUUCUGAUUUCCUUUUUGUUUAUUGUUCUGCCAUAUUGUAAAAACAGGGUCAAUAAAAUAGCAGAAUGCAUUGAGUUUUUAUGAACUCUUAUGGUGUGCUCGGUUUAAAUAUGGUGAAUGUAAAUGCAAAGUGUUCUCAGUUUUGUGAUAAGAGAACUUACUGCUACUUUGCAUAGAAUUGAAGUUUUUAUGAUUGCA